AUGCAAUUGGCGUACCGUGAGUUGGCGCAUAGGGUGGACGAGGCUCUUGGCUUCAUGACAGCAGCUGGGCUGGGGAUGGACCAUCCGAUAAUGACGACUACUGACUUCUGGACAUCCCACGAGUGUCUCCUCUUGCCAUAUGAGCAGGCUCUUACCCGUGAGGACUCCACAAGUGGCCUUUUCUACGACUGCUCGGCCCAUAUGGUGUGGGUUGGUGAGCGUACUCGUCAACUCGACGGGGCUCAUGUUGAAUUUCUCCGUGGUAUUGCCAACCCUCUUGGCAUUAAGGUGAGUGACAAGAUGAACCCUGCUGAAUUGGUGAAGCUGAUUGACAUUUUGAACCCUUCAAACAAGCCGGGAAGGAUCACCAUCAUUACAAGGAUGGGAGCUGAGAACAUGAGGGUGAAGUUGCCUCAUCUCAUCCGUGCUGUCCGCAAUUCUGGACAGAUUGUCACAUGGAUUACUGACCCCAUGCACGGAAACACCAUCAAGGCCCCAUGUGGUCUGAAGACUCGUCCAUUUGACUCUAUUAUGAAUGAGGUGCGUGCAUUCUUCGAUGUGCACGACCAAGAAGGAAGCCACCCAGGAGGCAUCCACCUUGAAAUGACUGGACAGAAUGUGACCGAGUGCAUCGGUGGAUCACGGACCGUGACCUUCGAUGACCUGGGUGACCGCUACCACACCCACUGCGACCCAAGGCUGAACGCGUCACAGUCUCUGGAGCUCGCUUUCAUCAUCGCCGAGAGACUCAGGAAGAGGAGGAUGAAGUCAGGACUCACCAACAACCUGCCACUGCCCCCAUUGGCUUUCUAA